AUGCCGGCGGUCAAGAAGGAGCUCUCCGGCCGCGAAGAUCUCGCCCUGGCUCUGGCCACCUUCCAUCCCACCCUGGCCACGCUGCCGCUGCCGCCGCUGCCCGGCUACCUGGCGCCCCUGCCCGCCGCGGCCGCCCUGCCGCCGGCCGCCUCGCUACCCGCCGCGACCGCGGGCUACGAAGCGCUGCUGGCCCCGCCGCUGCGCGCCCCGCGCGCCUACCUGAGCCUGCACGAGGCCGCCCCGCACCUCCACCUGCCCAGAGACCCUCUGGCCCUCGAGCGCUUCUCGGCCACCGUGGCCGCGGCACCGGAUUUCCAGCCGCUGUUGGACAACGGCGAGCCGUGCAUCGAGGUGGAGUGCGGCGCCAACCGCGCGCUGCUCUACGUGCGCAAACUCUGCCAGGGCAGCAAGGGCCCGUCCAUCCGCCACCGCGGCGAGUGGCUCACCCCCAACGAGUUCCAGUUCGUCAGCGGCCGCGAGACGGCCAAGGACUGGAAGCGCAGCAUCCGCCACAAAGGGAAAAGUCUGAAGACGCUUAUGUCCAAGGGGAUCCUUCAGGUGCAUCCUCCGAUCUGCGACUGUCCGGGCUGUCGAAUAUCCUCCCCGGUGAACCGGGGGCGGCUGGCAGACAAGAGGACGGUGGCCCUGCCCGCCGCCCGGGUCCUGAAGAAGGAACUGACGCCCAGCUUCUCAGCCAGUGAUGGUGACAGCGAUGGGAGCGGCCCGGCCUGUGGGCAGCGGCUGGGCUUGAAGCAGGAGGACGACCCGCGUGUCCGUAUCAUGAAAAGAAGAGUCCACACCCACUGGGAUGUGAACAUCUCCUUCCGAGAGACGUCCUGCAGCCAGGACAGCGACCUGCCCACCCUCGUCUCCAGCGUGCACCGCAGCCGCCUCGUUAUGCCCGAGCGUCAGAGCCGCUGUGAGUUCCAGGGAGGCAGCGUGGAGAUUGGCCUGGCAGCUGCAGGUGACCUGUUGGGCAAGAGGCUGGGUCGCUCCCCCCACAUCAGCAGCGACUGCCCGUUGGAGAAGAAGGCCCGAAGCAAGUCCCCCCAAGAGACCCUGUUGCUUCCAGGACUCGGGCCCGGCAUGGCGCCCGAGGAGCACUACCGCCGGCUGGUGUCCGCCCUGAGUGAGGCCGGCCCCUUUGAGGACCCCCAGCGUCUCUACCACUUGGGCCUUCCCAGCCACGAUCUCCUGAGGGUCCGGCAGGAGGUGGCAGCAGCAGCUGUAAGGAGCCCCAGCGGCCUGGACGUCCACCUGCCCUCGCCCACGGCAGGUCAGCGUCGGAAGCAGGGGCUGGCUCAGCACCGAGACGGCACAGCCCCCGCUGGCGCCCCGUCCUUCUCAGAGAGGGAGCUGUCUCGGCCGCCCCCCUUGCUGUCGCCCCAGAAUGCCCCCCACAUCGCCCUGGGCCCCCACCUCAGGCCCCCCUUUCUGGGGGUGCCCACGGCCCUGUGCCAGACCCCAGGCUACGGCUUCCUGCCCCCUGCCCAGGCGGAGAUGCUCGCCCGGCAGCAGGAGCUCCUGCGGAAGCAGAACCUGGCCCGGCUGGAGAUGUCUUCGGAGCUGCUGCGCCCUAAGGAGCUGGAGGGUGCGCACCGGCCGCAGCUGCUGGCGCCCGAGGCCGCUCUGCGCCCGCCCGAUGGUGCCGAGGAGCUGCAGCGGCGCGGGGCCAUGCUGGUGCUGAGACACAGCUCCGCACCGCUGCUGGCCCUGCCCCCCCAAGGACCCCCCGGCCCUGGCCCCCCCAGCCCGCCCCGGGAGCCUGCCCGCCGAGCUCCGCGGAAGGGGGGCCCCAGCCCUGCCUCAGCCCGGCCCAGUGAGUCCAAGGAGACCACGGUGGCUGCGCUCUGGGCACAAGACGGCUCUGAAGAUGAGCCCCCCAAGGACUCAGACGGAGAGGACCCCGCGGUGCUGGCUGCUGGGGGCCAGGGCCCUAGCCCAGACCAAGCCCCAAGUGGAGGGGCCAGCUCUGAGGGGAGGGCUCUUCUCUCAGGGUCCAUGCUGCCCCCUCCACUGCCCCUGGGCUUGCCUUACGCCGUCAGCCCCUACUUCCACACAGGCGCCACGGGGGGCCUCUUCAUGGAUGGGGAGGAGGCCACAGCCCCCGAGGAUGUCAGCAAGUGGACAGUGGACGAGGUCUGCAGCUUUGUGGGGGGCCUGUCCGGCUGUGGAGAAUACGCACCGGUCUUCAGAGAACAGGGGAUUGAUGGGGAGACCCUACCCCUGCUGACAGAGGAACAUCUCCUGACCACCAUGGGGCUGAAGCUGGGGCCUGCUCUCAAGAUCCGGGCCCAGGUGGCCAAGCGCCUGGGCCGCGUCUUCUACAUGGCCAGCUUCCCCGUGGCUCUGCCGCUGCAGCCACCCACACUGCGUGCUCCCGAGCGGGAGCUUAACUUGGGGGAGCAGCCCCUGUCCCCGGCAUUGGUCCCCUCCCCCUAUGGGGGGGCACACCCCCCUGCCGGUCGAGCCUCUCCCAAGCAGGAGAACGGAACCAUGGCUCUGCUCCCAGGGCCAGCAGACCCCUCCCAGCCUCUGUGCUGAGCUGGCGUCAGACCCCUGUCCUUCAGUGCCAGCUGCUCCCAGGCAAGGGCCCCUCCCCUGACAGGCUAUCCUCUUUCAGUUUUGGAUGCAAAAACAAUUUUUAAAAGGAAAACACGUGACUUAAGAGCAAAGGAAUGAGUUUCCAAAGACUCUGGCGAUGCCUGUAGGGCCUGGUGCAAACGGCUUGGGGACCGAACCUGGGGGCUCUGUACGCUGGACAGCUGCAGACAAACCAAAGACAGAGGCGACGCAGAGGCACCUCAGGCCACACAGCGCCAGCUGUGCCCACUGCACGACUGGCACCCCAGCCCCAGGUGGAGCCCCAUUCCAGGUCAGCUUCCCUCACUGUGUAGGUGUGUUUCACCCACUGCC